GGCACCGAGGCGAUGUCGGCGCAGCGUGCAGAGCACGGAGGAGGAGGGGGAGCAGCAGCAGCCGCAGCAGCAGCAGCAGCAGUAGCCGCAGCAGCCUCCGUGGCAGCAGCCAUUGCCGCCACAACAGCAGCAGCGGCAGCAGCAGAGGCCGGAGCAGCAGCAGCAGCUGUUGGGACGGUGGACCCUGGGAAUGUUGGGCGUGAUCGUGGUGACGCCUGCCCGUUGGAGCUCGUGUUGGGCCACGAGAUUGUGGCGUAGUGUGGGAACACACAUGCCGGUCACACUGCCCGAAGGAAAAGCUGGGCACGGAACUGUGGAGGAGCCCUUGGCGUGUGUUGU